AUGAUGGGGAAGCUCCCCCUGGGGGUUGUUUCCCCUUAUGUGAAGAUGAGUUCAGGAGGCUCCUCCGACCCCCUGAAGUUCUACGCCACCAGCUACUGCACAGCCUAUGGACGGGAUGAUUUCAAGCCCCGAAUUGGCAGUCACAUAGGCACGGGCUACAUGUCUAAUUACCGGCCCCAUGUCUCCUACCAAGCCUAUCUCGAUGCCCUGGACAAGCGAGCCAUGGGGGAACAAGCCCGGAACAGUUUCCAGACGGUGACCAAUCAGAGCUACCGCCCACUGGAGGUGCCUGACGGCAAGAACCCACUUCCCUGGAACAUGCACCAGACCAGCUCAGGCUACGGACACGAGAAGAAUUUGGGUCCCUCCACCAAGGAGGUCAGGAAGGUCCAUUUCAACACCCAGGAGCACGGAGCCCAGGCCAUCACCGGGCUGGAGCCCAAAGAGAUACCCUUGCUCCAUCAGCAGCAAGGCAAAGGCUCCUUGGAGAGGGAGAACUCUGGGCAUGGUCCUUGCUUCAUGACCUCUGAGUACAACUCCAAGUAUCUCAAAGAGCUCUCCGGCCAGCCAGAUCUCUUGCAGAAGAAAUCCAUUGGCGCCAAGGAGGAGACAGGGUUCACAGAAGAGUCCACCAAGAACCCCAUUGUCUUCAAGCCGCCCUCCCAGAACCUCCCUGGGGACACAACUCUUCUCCCAAGCAGGAGUACUACCAAGUCGGACUACCUCCCGUUGACCCACCCUCGUGGAGAUGAGUUCCUGCCCUCACUGACCAGAGGCUCCGAGAGGGAGACGGGCUUCAGCCGGAUGAACGAGAGGAUCCUGAACCCCAGACCCCCCCCUCCCGGCCCAGAGCUCAGCAGCAUGAACCACGGGCAAUUCCAGUCACCCCGGCAGAUGCAGCAGACAAACGUCGCCAUGCUUGGCCGGGAGACAGUGGGGAACAAGGAGCCUACGGGGUUCAGCCUCAACAACCCCAUCUAUGUCCAGAGACCCCAUGACCCCGACAUUUACAAUCGGUACCUCACCACGUACAACCAAAAUUACUUCGAGAACAUUCCCAAGGGUCUAGACCGGGAAGGCUGGACUCGGGGAGGCAUCCAGCCGCAGAAGCCGGGAGGCUACGCCCUUAACCAGCCUGUCACCCGCAUGGAGCCCACCCCCAACGCCACAGAGAGCCUGCGGCACCUGCAUCCCCAUGUGGGAAGAACCCUGACCUACGCAGACCCCUUCUACCGCGACACCCCGCACAGCAGCCGCUUCACGGUGCCCAGCUGA